UCCCUUUCUGCACUCUGACAGCCAGUGUCAGACCCUGCCACCUUCAUCCUCAACAGAAGCUCCCGGCCAUGAAGCCUCUCGUCAUUAUCCUUGUCUUGCUCUCCCGUGUGGACCCAGCUCUGGCAGGCUUGAAUCCACUGUCAUCAGAAAUGCACCAGAAAUGCUAUGGGAAUGGUAUCUGUAGACUUGAGUGCUCUACAAGUGAAAUGUUAGUUGCCUACUGUGUGUUUCAGCUGGAGUGCUGUGUCAAAGGAAACCCUGAGCCCUGACACAAGAAGCCAGUGAAUGCCAAUUAACUUGAAAGUAAUUGACAUCCUCUCCACCAACUUUCACACAGUCAGGGAAUUUAGAUUAAACUGUGACACUGUGAUGUGCCCACAGUUGUUGGUUUUCAGCAUUUUUUACAUAAGCCAUCAGAAUCUUAUGAUUUUGUAUUUGAAAAGCUGAGCUGCAGCCUUACUCAAGACAGCUAAGCUUCUCACGAAAACAACUUAGGAUAUGUUUUCUCGCUUCAAAGUGAUAUCCAUGCUCUUCUCAGUGCCUAUUUCUCUCUUUACUCUUAGAAAGGACACCUUAAUUAUUUAUAGAAGCUUCAAAUUACAGAAACAUCCAGUCCCUUCAGUUCCCCCAUUUUCUUUCUCUUUGUACCGCCCAUCUUAGAGAAACAGAUCUGCCCUGGCCCCCUGAUGACUUUGUAGGUUUCUCACAAAGACCACAUAGGUGAGGCUUAACUGCAGGCUGGCCCAAGUCUUGACUGAGUCUGACCCUGUAGUUCUUCGUGAAACACAAGGGAAAAGGCUUUGUGGUAAUGGGAAGCCACGAAGUAGGUUCUCAGCCACAACCAUGAUUUCAGAGAGUGAAAGCACAGGACCUCCCCCCUCAACCUCCUUAGGGUUUAGUUACAGGCUACCAGACCACUUGGCUAUGGUUUGCAGUCAACUCCUCAGCAGCAGAGUGGCCCAACACCUCUGCUACCUCUCAUCUGGCCCCUCUGGUUGGGGGUCAUCCUGUGGCACUAGGAACUAACACCACGCUGAUCUUACUUUGCCGUGCGUAUAAGUAAUAAAUUGUCU